CACUGCUACAUUUUCUUAAUUUUUGUAUACACUUUAAAACAGGGCCGCAGUGGUUUGUGAGUGAGGAGGCAGAAUGCUUCUGUCUCUGCCUACUCUGACUGUGCUUAUUCCACUGAUCUCCUUAGCAAGACUGUUCUACUCAGCCUCUGUGGAGGAAGACUUCCCACAGGGCUGCACAAGUACAGCCAGCCUUUGCUUUUACAGUCUGCUCUUGCCCAUCACCAUAACAGUGUAUGUGUUCUUCCACCUCUGGACCUGA